AUUUUCACGUCAAAAAGGAUGCCCCUCAAUAUUGCAAAAGCUGGUGUUGAUGAGGGCAGAAACAGUACACAGAUUUCCGCCCCACUACAAUCGCGCGAUUCCAUGCCUCCAAAUAUGACCACGGAGCGCAAGAAACGCACACGAACCGGAUGUGUCAACUGCAGUCGGAGGCGGCGAAAAUGUGACGAGGCCAAACCUAGCUGCACGGGUUGCAAGCGCCGGGGUGAAGACUGCCAAUGGCGUAUGCUCGGCGCAUUUCGCGAUUCCAAUAUCAAGGUACUAGAGUCGGAUCAUCCGUCCAUGAGUCAAGGUGGUGCAGUCAGCAAGGGAAAACGCCACAGUAGAUUCAAGAUCUUGAAUAAUGCUUCAAAAUCCUCGAAGGAGAAAGGUGGCAAGCACCAUGAUCAAGAAGCCUCUGACGAAAGGCCGGCACAGGGACCAUCCUUGACACCUGCUCCAGAAGCAGAUGCCGCUGCGGCACCGGCUACUGCCACUGAGGCUGCUUUGAGCUCCACUCCUGUGUUGAUCGCCCAAAGUGUUGCUAGCCCGAGCCCUGCGGUCAAUCAAUGUCUAUCACCGCCUUACUCCGGCGAAGCUCCGCACUUGUCUCGGACAGUCGACGAUGCCAGAUCUCCACGACAUACUAUAAUUGAGACAGACGGCAGCCAUGUAGAUCUUCAGUCUGCUCCUCCUCACUCCCAUUAUCCCCCACCCUUACAAUACGGCUUCAAUGCGCUUCCACAGUCGAGGGACGACUCGUCGCAUUGCUACAACUCUAGUCCUGAGUACAUCAUCGACGAUUUGACCGGGCUGAGUGGCUUCUCACAAGGCACUCAAUUUCGAUCAUCUGUGACUGGCUCUCACCAAACAGUGCAGUCGCCGUUGUUUGAUCACAAUGUCUUCUCCGACCCGGCAAAUCUCAUCAACGAUGUGUUCCUGCCGGGCUCUGCAUACGAAGCACUUCACACGACUUUGAGAAACCGCCAAUUAUGGACUGCCCGGCCAGAUAUUCCAUAUCGUCGUAGUUCAAAUGAUGCCGCGUCUGUUGUGCAUACCCCACCAGCAUUCAGUGACUCCGGGUCCUUCUCAAGAGCUGAGAAACAACCUCGGUGGUUAGAAACUCGCAGACGCUUUGAAUUGUCACCAGAAAGAGAGCACAUCCUAUGGGAGAACUAUCUCAAUGAGAUUUGCUCGUGGCUGGACAUGUUUGAUAACAAUCGCCAUUUCGCUUCAACUUUCCCCCAGAUGGCGAAAUCCUCUACUCACCUACGAUACUCCAUAUUAGCUUUAUCAGCACGGCAGCUUGAGCGACGGCAGAACCAGAAGUCCCAGUCGGAAAGCUUGUCUCUAUACCAAGAAGCCAUUCAUCUUCUUCUACCUGAGCUGGGUGAGAAGACCACUCCUGUCAUAGCUUCUUGUGUUAUUCUCUGUGUUUUGGAAAUGCUCAGUUGUAAUCCCAAAGAGUGGCGUCGGCAUUUAGACGGCUGUGCAUAUCUCAUUCAAGCAGCAGGUAUCAACGGCUUUUCUGGAAAAGAGGAGCAAGCACUUUUUUGGUGCUUUGCGCGAAUGGAUGUUUGUGGAGGUCUCAUAUCCGAAGAAGAGACUAUCAUUCCUAUUCACAACUGGCGGCCAAUUGAUAUGAGCUAUAACGAAGCUGCACAGACAUUCAUGUCCUCAGCAAAAGCUAACCUCGACACGUAUGCCAACUACACGGUGUAUCUUGUCGCACGGACCUUGAACGUUCUGUUUGGCUGUGCUUCCAAGAUGUCACAUCCUUGCACAUCAUGCCAAUCUGUUCCCAGCGAUGAUGGCAACUCUUAUGUGCACCGAUGGGCUGAUUCAUUCGAUCAUGUGGAAGCGUGGUAUGAAAAUCGGCCUGCGCAGAUGAAAUGCAUCUUCAGCGUUGCUGCCUCAGAGCGCGAAGGGAUGGAUCGUGCGUUUCCCAUUGCCCUUAUCCGGAAACCAGCUCUAUCAUGUAGCUGCCUUACUCCUGCUUCAGCGGAAGCCGAAGACUUUAACAUUAAGCAAGAGGCCGGUGGUGGUUGCUGGACCAAUGCACUCCAACCGCUGUGGAUAGCAGGGAAGGCCAUGUCGCACUACUCUGAGCACACUGCCAUUGUUGAAACUUUGGUCAGAAUUGAGCGCGAGACUGGUUGGGCUACGGCUUGGCGUGUUGAGGACCUCAAGGAAUUUUGGGGCGAAUAUGAUCAUGAUGAAGAUGGUGACAUCGACCUGGAUCAGGUUUGA